AUGAAAGAAGGCCUCAUUACCAAGAACAUCACAACCUCGCUUUGCGACGCACCAAUCCGAGAUGAAAGUGGUAGCUUGAAAGCUAUCAACAUUCUGAUGGCCAUCCUCUCCAUCAUCCCCGGCACCACGCGCUACGCCUACAAAAUCAUCACACCUGGUCAGAGUCUCGAUCCAGACGACUUGUCGUUGAUGGUAUCGAGCUACGUCGGUCUCGCGUGUGCGAUUGUGAUUGAUCGCGGGGCCAUACCUUCUGGUCUGGGACGCGACAUCUGGACACUGGAUUUCUCCAGCAUUACAAACUUUGGGAAAUACUUCUACAUCAUGGAGAUUGUAUAUUUCGUGGAGCUCACGUUCCUGAAGCUGUCGUUGCUCUUCUUUUACAAGAAGAUCUUUCCGUAUGCGGGGGUUCAGAAGCUAUUGUGGGGCACUAUCGCGUUUAAUAUCAUGUUCGGCGUAGCAUUUACUACGGCGAGUAUCUUCCAAUGCCAGCCUAUACGGUACUAUUGGACGAAAUGGGAUGGAGAGCAAAAGAGCGGGAAGUGCUUGAAUUUCAACGCCUUGGCAUGGGCGAACGCUGCGAUUAGUAUAGCGGUCGACUUUUGGAUGUUGGCGAUUCCACUUUCGCAGAUUGUCCACCUCAAGAUGGCGGCAAGGAAGAAGAUUGCGGUGACUUCCAUGUUCCUUGUCGGUACAUUUGUCACCGUAGUGUCGAUCCUCCGACUGCAGUCUCUGGUCGCCUUCGCAAACUCGACGAAUCCUACAUGGGAUCAGUGGGAUGUUACACGAUGGUCGGUCAUCGAGAUCAAUGUAGGGAUCACCUGUGCGUGUAUGCCAACGCUCCGUGUGCUGCUGGCGCGAUGUCUACCGAAGAUGUUCGGUCCUACAGCCGACUCCUCGAACCGUUAUCCACAGCAGCAUGUCCCUCGCAAAGGUACUGGAGGCGAGAGCAGCCCACAUGUUGAGUUUAUAGAUAUCAUCAUAGAUGCGGAAAGCGACUUGAAGUCCGGGGAGAGGGUGGCUGUUGCACGCAACAAGCAGCCUGAAGAUGACGAGAUAGAGCUGGUUAAAGUGGGCGACAAAUAA